CUCACUAAAAUAGACGGAUGAAAAAGUCAUCAACUUGACGGCUAAGUUAACGGCGAUGAUCUACGUUCACACAAGCAAGAACAUAAGAAAACAAGAAAUAGACUCAUCUCUCUCUCCCUUUUCCUCUAAUCUGAUUUCACAGUAAAGAAUUUGAUUGAUUCCUCAAUCACUGCGUGUAAUCGUAUCGCUCAAUCGAAACCCUUUUUAAAAAAUCUCAUCUUUUUUCUCUCUCAAUUUAGCUGAAUCGGGUUUGAGAUGAGUUCUGAUCCACCGGCGGCUGGAGACGGUGGCGAACAAGCCGCUGCUGCGGGAACGAGCGUGCCUUCACCGUCUUCAUACGACAAACAAAAGGAGAAGGCACGUGUGAGUAGAACGUCGUUGAUUCUGUGGCACGCGCACCAAAACGACGCAGCUGCAGUUCGGAAACUCUUGGAGGAAGAUCCUUCUUUGGUUCACGCCAGAGACUAUGACAAACGAACGCCUCUUCACGUUGCUUCGCUUCACGGUUGGCUUGAUGUUGUUAAAUGCUUGCUCGAGUUUGGUGCUGAUGUCAACGCUCAGGAUAGGUGGAAGAACACGCCUUUGGCUGAUGCAGAAGGAGCUAGGAAGCAGAAGAUGAUAGAACUGCUGAAAUCUCAUGGCGGUUUGUCUUAUGGUCAAAAUGGAAGUCACUUUGAACCAAAGCCUGUGCCACCACCGAUUCCAAAGAAGUGUGACUGGGAAAUUGAACCUGCUGAGCUGGAUUUCUCAAAUGCCGCUAUGAUUGGAAAGGGUUCCUUUGGUGAGAUUGUGAAAGCCUAUUGGAGAGGAACACCAGUAGCUGUGAAACGUAUUCUUCCAUCUCUUUCAGAUGAUAGACUGGUUAUUCAGGACUUCAGGCAUGAGGUUGAUUUGCUAGUUAAGCUUCGUCAUCCUAAUAUAGUGCAAUUCUUAGGAGCUGUAACCGAAAGAAAGCCUCUUAUGUUAAUCACUGAAUACUUGCGCGGGGGAGAUCUUCAUCAAUACCUCAAGGAAAAGGGCGGUCUUACUCCAGCAACCGCUGUCAACUUUGCGUUGGAUAUCGCGAGAGGAAUGACAUAUCUUCACAAUGAACCAAAUGUUAUCAUUCACCGAGAUCUUAAACCAAGGAACGUUCUUCUGGUUAAUUCAAGUGCAGACCACUUGAAAGUUGGAGACUUUGGGCUAAGCAAACUCAUAAAGGUUCAAAACUCUCACGAUGUCUACAAAAUGACUGGUGAAACCGGAAGCUACCGGUAUAUGGCUCCUGAAGUGUUCAAGCAUAGAAGAUAUGACAAGAAAGUUGAUGUCUUCUCCUUUGCAAUGAUACUUUACGAGAUGCUUGAAGGAGAGCCACCGUUUGCGAACCACGAGCCAUAUGAAGCAGCCAAACAUGUAUCAGAUGGACACAGACCUACAUUCCGUUCCAAAGGAUGCACACCAGAUUUAAGAGAGUUAAUUGUGAAAUGCUGGGAUGCGGACAUGAACCAAAGACCGUCGUUUCUGGACAUCCUCAAGAGACUUGAAAAGAUCAAGGAAACUCUACCAUCAGAUCACCAUUGGGGCUUAUUCACUUCAUAAUACACCAAAAUCAUUAUUUAUAAACAAGAACAACCAGAAACAAGAAAGUGAUAUUCUGUUUGCUUAUUAUUAUUCUCUUCUGUUUCUUGUCUUUUGUAAAGAUUGUUUCUUUUUCAUAUUUUUCAUUUGUUUUACAGUAAACGACUUACUACAGAGAGUGUGACAUGAAAGCUUUUUAUGGAUUGGAUUGGAUUUGCAGGUUAA